GCCCAAAGAAGGACUUGGUCGGGAAACCCACCCACCCACCUCCACUGGAUUGCAGCUGGGGUCCCUCCCACCGUUUCCCCAUCCUUUGCCCAUCGCCCCCCACCCCACCCCCCCGCAUUCCUCUCCUGCGGCUCGUAGGGGGGGGUUGCAGGGAGGCCGAGAGGGCCCCACUUGGAGGGCCAGGUUGGUCCCUCUCCCCCCUGGACUUUGCUCCCCUCCAUCCCCUCCCGGCAAGCUUCCUAUAUGAGUCUUCCUCCAGCCCAGGAGAGUCGUGGGGUCCAGUUGAUGCCUUGCUGAGCCCGGACGAGCCGUUCGCCACCAUGGGCAAAUCGAACAGCAAACUGAAGCCUGAAGUAGUGGAAGAGCUGACCAGGAAAACAUACUUCACAGAGAAAGAAGUCCAGCAAUGGUAUAAAGGCUUUAUUAAGGACUGCCCAAGUGGACAGUUGGACGCAACUGGAUUUCAGAAAAUCUACAAGCAGUUUUUCCCGUUUGGUGACCCAACCAAGUUUGCAACGUUUGUUUUUAAUGUCUUUGAUGAAAACAAAGAUGGAAGAAUUGAGUUUUCCGAAUUUAUCCAGGCCCUUUCAGUCACUUCCCGAGGGACUCUGGAUGAAAAACUGCGGUGGGCCUUUAAACUGUAUGACCUGGAUAAUGAUGGCUACAUCACAAGAAAUGAGAUGCUGGACAUUGUAGAUGCUAUUUACCAGAUGGUGGGUAACACGGUGGAGCUACCAGAAGAGGAAAACACCCCGGAGAAGAGAGUGGACAGGAUUUUUGCCAUGAUGGACAAAAACGCUGAUGGGAAAUUAACCUUGCAGGAGUUCCAGGAAGGUUCUAAAGCCGACCCCUCCAUCGUCCAGGCACUUUCCCUCUACGACGGGCUGGUAUAGUCCCACAAUCCAGGCUUGGGCGCGCCGAGAAGCCCUCCUUCCAGUGACAUCCAGCUGCCUACUCCAAAAAGACCCUCAUCCGACAGUUACUCUUCCGUUACUCGCGAGCAAAGGGGCGCCUUCCAAGUCCGACCUCAGCCUCAAAACCCUUUUCUGCUUGGAAUCGUCCCCAUCAGCCGAGCAACUGCUUUGAUUAUCAUUUCUUUUCUUUUUU